AUGAGAAGACAUGAUGCAGAGAGCGUCGCCAGUUCACAGGUUAUAAAGAUGAAAGGAGGGAAUGCAGAGAACCUCACUAGAUCAUCAGUUGUGGAGGUGAGAGAAGAAAAUGUACAGAGCUUCAUCAGAUCACUAGUUGUAAAGGUGAGAAGACAUGAUGCAGAAAACUUCACCAGAUCACUGGUUGUGGAGGUGAGAGAAGGGAACAUAGAGAACUUCACCAGAUCACCAGUUGUGGAGGUAAGAGAAGGGAACAUAGAGAACUUCACCAGAUCACCAGCUGUGGAGGUAAAAGAAGGGAACAUAGAGAACUUCACCAGAUCACCAGCUGUGGAGGUAAGAGAAGGGAACAUAGAGAACUUCACCAGAUCACCAGUCGUGGAGGUGAGAGAAGAGAACAUAGAGAGAUUCACCAGAUCACUAGUGGAGGUGAGAGAAGAGAACAUAGAGAACUUCACCAGAUCACCAGUCGUGGAGGUGAGAGAAGAGAACAUAGAGAGAUUCACCAGAUCACUAGUGGAGGUGAGAGAAGAGAACAUAGAGAACUUCACCAGAUCACCAGUUGUGGAGGUUAGAGAAGGUAAUGUAGAGAGAUUCAUCAGAUCACUAGUGGAGGUGAGAGAAGGGAACAUAGAGAGAUUCAUCAGAUCACUAAUUGUAAUGUAUCAUCCUAAUACGAAGUGCUAG